GGUUUUCAAUUAUUCCACGCGUAACUCACUGGCGGUAAGUUGUCCUGUCAAGAAGAGAGGCACGCGUACGGUCUGUUUUACCGUUUUCAAUGGCGUAGUUAAUUUGCGCUCUGUCGCAAAAGCACUCGGCCCGCGCAUAACUCAAAAACUUGGGCAAUUACAGAGGCCAUAUAUCAAAAAAGCUCCGUUCGACAUAAAUCACCCAAGAGAAGGGCGCAAAGCGAAAUUGAACAUAGCCCGAGAGCACCAGCUUUUCGUAUGCACGGACAACUUUUUUCCGAUUAUAAUUGGGUUGGGAAUUGGUGAUAAGCACUUUUAAAACCUGACAGGUGAGCGCCGUGUGUUAAACCUCCCUCCCAACGGGAAUCGAAAAUUUAUGUCGUCGAGAAGCAUUUAGUUUUUGUUCCUUUCGGUUAAUUAACAUUUUCUUGUUGUUGUUAGGUUAAAGUGAUGCUUAGAGUGUCGACGCCGACUUCGAAUCUUGGUGAAACGGGGAGUACAAACGGCUUCUUCAACCUUGACAAGCGAAAGAAACAAGUUACGUUAAUAGACCCUUCUGCUUGUAGCGGAUUAGCAGCCCCCGAAGACAGGAGAGUUGGAGUAGCAGCACCGAAAAUGUUCGCGUUUGACGCAAUCUUCUCGCAGGAUGACUCUCAGACUGAAAUUUGUUCGAGUGCUCUAACCGAUGUCAUACAUGCUGUCAUAAAUGGUGCGGAUGGAUGUCUUUUUUGUUUUGGACACGCUGGAUUAGGGAAAUCGUAUACUAUGUUGGGCAACACGGACAGCGCCAACACACUCGGAAUUAUUCCGUGUGCAAUUUCCUGGCUUUUUCGAGGCAUCAAUGAACAGAAGCAAAAGACCGGAGCUCGAUUUUCAGUUAGAGUUUCUGCUGUUGAAGUAUGUGGACCGACAAAUCAACUUAGAGAUUUACUAGCAGGACAUUCAAACGAUUCCGAGCAAUCACCCGGCGUUUAUUUGAGGGACGACCCUCUUUUUGGCAACCAACCCCCGCACUGUGAGUUACGAGUGCCCACCGCUGAAAGAGCGGCACAUUAUUUGGAUGCAGCUGUUGAAUGUAGAGCGCCAAGACGAGAAGAUGUUAGAGAUUCGCAUCUACUGUUUACACUUCACGUCUACCAAUACAGUGUGGCUGGAAAAGGAGGAGUUGCUGGUGGUCGAAGUCGUCUUCAUCUAAUCGACCUCGGCAACUCGGAAAGAGGAAAAGCAAGCGGAGGGAUCCCUCUUUCUGGGUUAGGAAAUAUUCUUCUCGCAAUUUUUAAUGGCCAAAAACAUUUGCCAUAUAAAGAACAUAAAUUAACACACCUCCUCAAAGAUUGCCUAAGUUCCUUAACCUGUCACGCAGCAAUGAUAGCCCACGUUUCUCCUUACGCCCAAAAUUACUCAGACACUCUCACAACAGUCCAAUUAGCAUCGAGAAUUCAUCGAAUGAGACGGAGAAGAAUAAAAUUUGUAUCCGCCGGCACCGGAAAUGGAUCAGGAGGUAGCUCAGGAGAAGAAGCAGCGAGAACAACCGGAACAAGUAGUGAACCAGAUCCUUCAAGCAGUGAUUUAUCAGCCGACACAGUUAUUUACGUCGGACCAGCUGACGAUGCAACAGAUGGCGAACACCCACCAGUUUAUAUCCCAAGUUUAAACUCGGGGGAUAAUCGUUGUUCAAUGAGUAAAGCUUUAAGAGGUUCCAUCGCCGAGCAAAAACCCAAAAUUUGCACGAAAACCGAAAACAUUCAAAAACCCACUCCAAAGUUAUCAUCAGGUGUGAUAACAAAAACAUCCCCAGCUCAUGUCGUUACAUCAUCAUCGAACAAAAGCUCCCCAAAUCGAGUAGGAACAUCAGCUAAAGUAAAAAUACCCCAACCCGACGGAUUAAAAAUAAAUCCUAGUGAUGAACAAUGGAUUGAUGGCCCAAGAAUAUCGAAAUCAAAAGUAGCCGAAGCGAGGCAUUUAAUGAAAGAAGCGUGUCAUGUUAAGAAACGAGAAACGUGGAUAGAUGGCCCAAUGCAAGCCGAAGCUUCCGCUGGAUACGGAUACAUGGAUAGCCAUAAGAAAAACAUGAUAAGAAAAUGGGUCGAACAUCAAACAUCGCAAAUCGUUAAGCAAAAGCACCACGUUCAUAAAGAUGUUAGAACUAAAGAUGGAAAAGAAAUUAAAUCCCUCGAAGAAGAAGUCGUUAUAAAACCUUUAGAUUCAAGCAAAAAACAAGAAAUAAUUGAGGAGUCCCAUAUAAGAACCGGAUUAAAAAUGAGUAAUGGAAAAAAUAACGAUGCGAUUCCAGAAUGUCAAACUCCCCAAGAAGAAGGCGAUCAAGUUGAAGAAGAUUUCGACGAAGAAGAUGAACCAGAAAUCCCCCCAGCUUUACCAUUAAUACAACCUCUUAGUAGCCGAGAAGUAUCGCUAGAAAGUCUCGAUAUUUUAUUAAAAGAGCGAUUAAUGUCCAACGCCGAAUACAAUAAUUUCCAAAAUAACUACGACGACCAACAAGGAAGUGAUGAAGAUGAAGUAUUAGAAAUCAUAGAAGUUGAAGAACCAUUAGAGCCAGUUCCAACGCAAGAUUGUUGUCUACAAGUAACCGAAGAAGAUAUCGCUUAUUGUAUGGGAAUAAGAGAAAAUCCUUUGCCGGAAGUAGAUCAAGAAAAUCCUUUGGAUCAUCCAUUAAGAAUUUUGAGCCAAGAAAAUUUAACAGUUGUUAGCACUUUUACCGAUUCAAUGUCGAUAUAUACAGAUUUAGAAAGGAUACUUCCCAGAAAUAAAUACGACCCAAAAUACGGAUUAUACAACGACGAUUACGAGGAUAUAGAUAAAACUAAUGAAGCCCGACAAAAAUUUGAUCAAUUAGCGCGAUUACACGAAAUUUACUCGAAUAAAUUAGCUAAAGCAAACGUUUCGAAUUCGGAAACUUUUCAAAGAAAUUCCCAAAAAAUGUUAACUAGAUGUGAAUCAUUAACCCUCACCGAUAUGUUAUACGGAGGUCCACCACAACACGAUAACAGCAGUAUUUACAGCGAACCAGCUUAUAUUCCAAACCAAGAAAAAUUUUGCGAAAAUUGUAAAAUUAGCAUGUCAAGACCAGCAACUGCACAAAAUUGGUAUGGCGAUACAUGUCUCUCAGCAAGCAGUAUGGAACUAUCAAAUCCAACCCCCCAUUUAAGCGGACGUUUUCAAAGAUACACGCACAAAUACAGCAAUCCAAAAGACGCAAAUUUAGCUUAUUUAAGACACCCUGAUGGUGCAUCAAAUCCAAAUUUGAGAGAAGACCAAGAAAGGGUUCCUGGAAACGGUGCGUCCAGUGAGAACCCUAUUACAAAUGCACCACAAUCGAAUUUAGUCCUCCCGCUUCCCCCUCCCAAUUCAUUACCAUCCGCAGAAAGAAUUAACAGAAGAAUGUUCAGCAUAGAAACCGGUCUUCAAAAGGUAACACAAAAACAAUCAGAAGGUUACGACAGCGGACACGAUUCAACUCCCAGAACAUCAAAACAUAGUCCGGCUGCGAUAUCAAGAAAAGCCGAAAGCGGAUACGACAGCGUAGUACGUGAUAGUGAAAGUUCUAGCAUAGACUCGGAUACGAGCAGGUUAUCGCACGUCCACAGUAGGAGAGGAAAGUGUAAGCAUAAACACGAGAAAUCUUUUUGUUCAUGGUUUCUGAAUCCUUUUACAUGUAAAUACAUAGACGAACCGCCGGAAACGCAUUUUUAAAAAAACAAUCGCUUCGGCCAUUUUUUCUACUUCCGCGUUUUUUCUAAUCGAAGACUGGAUCUUUUUGAGGAAGAACCCAAUACUCAGGAAGAACAAUUUUUAUUCUAAGCUUAAUCGAAGAACUUGCGAACGUCGUCGAUGUGUUCAGUUAUCGGCCGAAAAAGGGCUUUCAAAUAAAUUUAAAAAAUAAAUUUAUAAAAGUCGAAUCGCAUAAUAUUUGUAUACCAAAACCACAAAGUUUUAUCUUUUUAGUAUUCGAAAUAAUUAAAGAUAAAACUCGGUAGAGGUAUGCACCAACACUUUUCGUUGACAAUCGGUUGUGAAUUUGAAAUUGGCUCAUUUCUCAACUAAUUGUCAAAAGUAAAAUAAUAAAUGAAUCCGAAUCAAGUGUCCAAGUACAGUAAAAUGUCGAUAUAACGGAUUAAUGCGGGAUAGAGAUUGUUCGUUAUAUGAAUAAUUUUAAUUCAUACAAAGUCGGGCUAUUCACACCGUUACGUUCAGUUUACGUGGGUUUAUAUUUAUACCAAGGACGGUAGAAUCUAAGAGGACUGCUACAACCACAGCUCGAAGGUCCGUUCGUGACGUCAGCGCUGAAUUAAAACUAGAAUUAAGACUAGACCUAGAAGUAGAAAUAUGCGGA